UUUAGUCUCAGAACACUUGUGCUGUCAGUCACACCAGGAGAGGGACUUAGUGGCAGAGAUAGUCGGACACACUGCCCCUUGUCCUUUUCCAGUGAGAGCCCCCUCGUCCCUGCCAGGAUGGAGAGCAGGAGCCUACUUGCCAUGUGCUUUCUGAUGCCCUUCUUGUGCCAGUUGCAAUGUUUAAUGGUUUGGGAUGAACAUUCUCCAGAAUCCUCUGUGUUCUUUCCCUGGAGACAGCGAGGCAGAGGGACUGGCAAGGGGCACCGGGUUAAAAGAGCCUGGGAGAUUCCACCAAUUAGCGUGCCUGAGAACUUCAGGAGGAUUCCUAUGCUUCUCGUACAGCUUAAAUCAGACAAGCAGCACAUUGGCACUGUAAUAUACAGCAUAAAAGGACCAGGGGUGGAUGAAGAACCUCGGGGCAUCUUCACUAUCAACAAAAACACAGGGGAGGUGUACCUCAAUGCUGUUCUGGACCGCGAGAAGACUGAGCGAUUCAAGCUACGAGCAUUUGCAUUGGACAAAGGAGGAUCAAGCCUUGAGGACCCCACUAAGUUAGAGAUUGUAGUCUUGGAUCAGAACGACAAUCGUCCAGUGUUUGUGCAGGAAGAGUUUACUGGGCAUUUGUUGGAGGGAGCUAUACCAGGUACCCUUGUUCUGAAAGUAGAAGCCACAGAUGCAGAUGACCCAAGGACAGACAAUGCUGAACUUAGAUACUCCAUAAUCCAGCAGGAGACUCCAGAAAUGUUCAGCAUAAACCAGAAUACAGGGGAGAUCAGAACUGUUCAAGUGGGACUGGAUAGAGAGGUGGUUGGAUCGUACAAUUUAACUGUCCAAGUGGCUGAUAUGUUAGGGGAAGGGCUAACCAGCACUGCCAGAGUUAUUAUAACCAUUGAGGACAUCAAUGACAACCCUCCGGAAUUUAUGCAGGAGUUCUCUAUGGAGGUGCCAGAGAACAAAAGCAAUUUAGACAUCGCUAGGGUGAAUGUUACAGACAAAGACCUCCCUGGCUCUAUCAACUGGAGGGUGCGCUACUACAUUACCAAAGGAGACUCCAAACGAGCAUUCUCUAUCCGCACAGAUCCACAGACAAACGAGGGAAUAUUGUCUCUAAUCAAGCCUCUGGAUCACGAGGAGCAAGAAUUCUACCAGUUGACUAUAUCAGCUGAGAAUGAAGCCAAGCUCAGCCCCUCAGCCCCCCGUCCAAGUCGCUCCCAAACCCGGGUGAACAUCACCGUGAAAAACCUAAAUGAGCCACCAGUUUUCUCAGAGAACCCCAAGGUGGUGCGAGUGAAAGAGAGGAUGGCUGCAGGAAGUGAUAUCACAGUAUAUACAGCAGUUGACCCAGAUAGCAAGCAAACACAAAAGAUCAGAUAUUCUGUGGUGUCUGAUCCUGCAAAUUGGUUAAGUCUGGAUGAAAAUUCUGGACAGCUCCGUGCUAGAUACACGCUAGACAGAAAAUCUCCUUUCCUACAGCGAGGAUGGUAUACAGCUCUUAUUGCUGCAACUGACAACGCUGUCCCCCCACUGAGCUCUACUGGGACACUGUCUGUGGAAAUGCAGGAAGUGAAUGACCAUGCUCCUGUCCUCCUGCCGCACUCUGGUGAAUUGUGUAAGAACUCCCAGCAAGGCAAUGGGAUGCUGCUUCUGAGUGCCACUGAUGAGGAUAUGCCCCCAGAAGCCCAUCCAUUCCACUUUCAACUGGACCCAUCAUUCACAGAUCUGACCAGUAACUGGAGUCUUAGUCCUGUCAAUGAUACUCAUGCAUUACUCCAGCUUAUGGCAGAUGUACAAGAAGGGGUCUACGUUCUGCCCUUCUUGGUGUCUGACUCUGGGAACCCUCCUCUUGCUCAAGUACAGUUCCUGAAUGUGUCUGUGUGCCUGUGUGAUGCUCUGGGUACCUGCAAGGGUAAUGCUGUGGCUCUAUUUGGCUCUGGAACAGGCAUAAGCCUCAGCGCUCUCAUCAUAAUCAUGAGCAGCAUCGCCCUCCUGUUGGUGUUGGUUCUGUUACUGCUCCUGUUCCGCUGCUCCCGGAGUGGCCCUGCACACAAAGGCCUACUUGCGGACUCUGAGGAAGAUGUCAGAGAUAAUAUUUUUAACUACGACGAGCAAGGUGGAGGUGAAGAAGACCAGGAUGGUUAUGACAUGAUCCGGCUUAGGAACCCUGGCUUGUCAGUCCCUCCAUCCCCCAGGCUGAAACCACCGAUCCGUAGAGAUACCCCCUACAACCAGACUUUACCUCGCUACCCUCGCAGACCAACCGAUUGCCCGUCAGAUAUAGCAGACUUUAUACAGGAUGGACUGCAGGCUGCUGACUCUGACCCAAGUGUUCCCCCAUACGACACAGCUCUCAUUUAUGACUAUGAAGGGGAGGGAUCAGUUGCUGGAACCCUCAGCUCCAUUUUGUCUAGUGAAGAUGACAGUGACCAAGAAUAUGACUAUUUGCAGGAAUGGGGGCCACGAUUCCGCCGGCUGGCAGACAUGUAUGGGCACCAAUGACUGUUGUCUAAACUAGAAGAGACUGCUAUAAUAAGACAUCAGAUGUCACAUGUUCAGCCUUUACACAGAUGAUUUGUGAGUGGGUAAUUUAACACUUUGACUACUGGUAAAAUAUCUCUCAAGAGUAUACCUAACACACCGUUUAUAUUAAGACUUUUUUAUGGCGUAUUUUUAUACAUUUGACUUUGAAACGAUCUUAGAGCCAAGAUGGAACAAGACGGCUCUAUAAUAAAGGAUGCUUCAGUAGAACAUUAUGGUCCAAAGAACAGGGACCAAACUGUUUAAUUCAGAGACCCAGUUUACAGCAGCACUGCAAACCCCUCCUAAUCUAAAGACAUAUCACAUGUGAACACGUUGCAUGAAAAAAGGACAAGGAAUGACCUAGUUAUGCUAAAGGGCAUGCUUGCCUGUCCAAAGACAUUACCAUAACUAUAGAAGGGAUUGUCCACUUUUUAUGACCCUGGCCAAUGUAAGCAUUCCUUGCUUAUUAAAUGCGCACACAUUUGGUGGAGGAGCCAACCAGGUCCUUGAUUAUCUGUCAAUAAGACACUAUGAGUUGUCUGCAAUUCCUUGGGUUCAACUCUUUGUAUUCCUUGGAAAAGUUAACAAGAUCUAGUCAUGCCUUAUGGUCUGUGCUAUGCCAUGGAGUGGUAAAACGAGCAGAAUGUUAAAAGUUACACUUAUGGGAUUGAAUUAGGAUGUGAGAAUUAGGCAAAAAAGGUCUUGGAUUAUUUUUAUAGAAAUGGAGAAUGGAGCUUUGCUUUAAGCAUUACAGAUUAUGUAAAGCAAAUUUCAGGAACAGCAGAAAGGAGACAGAGAAUGGAAGAGAUUUGGAAGGUCCGAGUAUGGAUCAGUUAGUGAGGAGCAUUGUUAUGGCACAGACAUAGGCACAAAUACAAACAGGGUGAGUGUUAUCUACUUAGCUGUUUGGUACACAAGUUGGUGGUAGAAUGUAAAGUGCUUCGCACUCCAUCGUAACCUAAUGUUUUAUACUUAUAAUAAAAGUUUUUAUUGCUGAAAAAUAUGUUAUUUUUUGAGUCCUUGUUCUGUGAUGCCUCUGAAAAAUAACCCCUCCGUUAAUGGGACACCGUUCAUGGGUUAUUUGCUCCCUUUUGGUCUCAUGGACAGCAUCAUCUUCUCCACUGCAUUCAGUUGCUUUUCAUCCUUUAGCACAUAUUGCAAUCCAGGCUCGUGGAGUGUUUUAUCGCUCACUACUCAGAGUUCUGUUCUCCUCUCCUUUUGAGGAAUUAACUGUGUCACUCCUGAUCAUCUUCUUGGUGGAGCUUGUCAAUCGAGCAUAGUUAUCAGGGUUGUAUAUGUGAUUAUUUGUGAAAGAGGAGAGCACUACAGACGCAGAUUAACUGCUAGUGGUUGAUGUUUAUUUUAAAGCUGCUAUACACAUCAGGGUUGUAGUCAGUGCCAUGUUUAAGUAUCUUGAGUAGGACGGAGCAGCAAAGAAGGGUGGUGCAAAAUCUCACUAUGCCUUAAGGUUUCAGGAAGACUCUUUCUCUUGGUCUCUGGGAGUAGGAGGAGACUGAGCUAUGAGAGAAUACAGAAAGAUGAAAGAACAACAUGGUAUAGGAAAUACCUCUACUUGUGCUGAAGCUCGAGGAAUGGAAGGGCAGCUCGGCCCAACAUAUUUACUCCCAUAAUCAAACCCAGGCCUGAACCCCUUUACAGCGAAAAACAGAGAAAUGUCUUAUGGCUAUAUAAAGGAACAUUAAAUGGAAAAAUGAAAGGUUAGACUAGGACGCAUAAUAAAGAAAAAUAAAAGCAGAAAUAUUUUAAAGGGCUUUAUGUUUUUAAAUAAGAGUAUUACUCACCUAAAAACAGUUGGAAGCACUUUACAAGCAUAAAAAACACUCAGCAUCACCACAGCAUGGGAACAUAGGGAGCCCACCACUAAUAUCAUAAUUGAGGCUUCAAUAAAAAGAUCUAUUGACAUAACAUAGUGUCAGGAAAAAUCUCAUAUAAAAUAUAAAGAAGAAGAAUGAUAUUAGAAACUUUACAUUGUGAGGGCAAGACACAUGAGGGAACAAAACCCAGUAAGGAUGGUAUAGUGUAGUGGCUUUAUUACAUAUAGUAAAGAGUAGGAGGACAGAUCGGCACCCACAGGAUCUCACACAAAUGCAGAUCAAUAUGCAGGCGACAAUCUCCCUACCAGCCUAUAGGAAAUAUGGAAUUUAGGGGCCGAAAACCUGUAAGUUCCGACCAAAGCAUGGUCUGAUACCACAUCCAAUUAACCUACAAAAGGAAUGAAAAAAGUUAGAGAAAAGAAGCAUGGGGGUUUGGAAAAGGUAAAGUGGUUGGAAUGCACCUUAAAUCAUACAAUCAUUUCAUAAUACAGGUUAACUGUGUAUAAAUGUGAAAAAAAGUUUUGUGUAGGUUUCUAAUACAUAAGGCUGAUGGCACACAAGGCAUCCUGAUCUCAGGAAACUGUGCUACAAAUGGAUCACUCGUGUGCUUUAGGCUGAUAAAGGUCAGUAAUGCUGACAUUCUUUGCCCACUGGGAUAUCAGUCUAAACAUCUGUCACAGAAAGCAUGUUUCAAGGUUCUCCCUGACUGGGCUAGAGCAAAUAAAAUGCUUCUAAUUAUCCUCAAUUUGAAUUAACCUUUCUUCUAUUUAAUUCUGUUAUAGCCUCUGCACCCCUCAAUGUUGCACCAUCUGUGGAACCAAACUCAACAGUGAUCUGUCCCUUUGUCUGCUGGGGAUAAACAGCCAUAACUGCCCAUAUCUGUAUUUUUAAAUAGUUACUUAUGUUGCUGAAAAUAGACAAUUUCCCAUGUAGUUCACAUCAUUUUAUUAAUCCAACAUUAAAAACAUUUACCAUUGUGUUCAGAAUAAUAGCAGUGUGUUUAAAAAAGUGAAUAAAGUUCAAAAUCCUUACAUUUUCCAUGCACACAAAUGCAUUCCAAAUGCACAUGAAGAAAAAAAAUUUGCAAAUUUGUAUUAUUCCUUUACAG